CUCUGCCACCACCCCGACAUGAACUGCACGCACAAUGCAGCUUAAAGCAUGACCGAUGCCCCCCCUCCCCCCUCGAAACUUCUCACCCCUCCACUACAACACACCCUCCUCACUCCACCUCGCCCUCUUCUCUCUCCACCUCUCCCUCUCCGCCGACUCCAAAGCCCUCCCAUUUUGAAAACAUGAUCUUCGACAUCUCCGCCUUCUGUAUCUGAACCGAUUCUGUCUCUACCUCACGCACACGACCGUAACGACCGACCGAUCGCGAGCGACUUGCUGUCUACCUUACUACCUGCCAUCCUCUCCGCGGCGCCCUCACUGUCCGCAGCGCCGACGCUGCCGCUCCUCCUCCUCUGCAACUGCUUCUCCGCCCAAAGUCCACAAUGCCGACGCCCGAACGACACCAGUUGACCCUUAGUCAACUGGCUGAAUUCGACGAUCUCUUGACUGAUUCGCUGGUUGACCGAGUGUAUUACUGGACUACGAUUCGGAAGAUGAAGCACACUUACCAUCCCAAUCGCGGAGUAAAGACGGAUGCAGUGACGAAGAUUAUCGUCGGGGAUCUGGUCAAGAACAAGAACAUCACGGAAUCGUUGAAGCAAUUUCUAGAUUUGUCGGGCAUUCGGAAUUACAUCAACAAGCUCAAGAACGAAAGGUUAAAGGAUGACUUCCAGAAACAUGCCCGUCGUUACCUCUCGCUUUAUCUCCCAGAUUCCCCCUUCGAGGUCUCCGCUACCAAUCGCUACAACCUGACCAGACCAGAGGCUUGCGUUCUCGCUCGAAAGCCAUUGCGCAAGGGUGAUACUGUAAAGUACUUGACCGGUGCGAUGGUGAAGAUGUCGGAGAAGGAGGAGGAAGCGUACACCCAGGGCAAGACCGACUUUAGCAUCAUCUACUCUUCCCGCGUGGGAGGCAUGAGUUUGUUGCUGGGCCCCGCCAGAUUCGUCAACCACGAUUGCGAGCCGAACUCGAGGUUUAUCACCACCAACAAGGAGAACAUCCAGUUGAUCGUCUUGAGGGAUAUCGAAAUCGGCGAGGAAAUCACCGUGUGCUACGCGGACGACUAUUUUGGAGAUGGCAACAAGGAGUGCUUGUGCCGUUCAUGCGAAGCCGUGGCGAAGAAUGGAUGGACGUCGGAAGUGAGCGGGGAGCUACAGGAAGGGGAUUCGAGUAGCGUGGACAUGGAGUAUGCGCCUGCUAUGCGUCGAACCAGGUCGAAGCGGAAGAACGACAAUUUCGUGGAGUUACCCCCACCACCUCCCGAGAAGAGGCUCAAGCGAAAAUCCGACAAGGAGGACGUCCUGACCCCUCCAUACAGCGAUAGGGCAUCAUCCGAGGAUCCGAAGAUCCCGAAAGCUGCCGUCAUGUCUGUGGAAGUGGAACUCAAACCGCUGACGCCCGUCGAUAAUAUUCCACCUACACCGAUUACGAGCUCAGGAACGCCGGUGCCAUCGGCUAUCAAGACAUUCACCCUGGAUGAGACGGCAGAUAUCGCACAAUCGCUACUUGCUCUGGCGCAAUCUCCCAGCUACCACAAGCCGCGGUUUAGCCCGCAAAUGGGCACGUCCAGCACCUUUACGGACAGAGCACCAGAAUUCGGAAGAGCGCUGUCGUAUGGAUCUUUGGGGCAAACCAGCGCCAUCAAACCUCAGAAUGUUCCUUCUCGGAAUACUGUACCCCCGAUGUUUCAACCGGGUCCUUUCGUCGCGAGUCCUGUCGUCGAAAAUGCGUUUGGCAUUGGGGCAUCCAACUGGAGUAAUGGCAUCUCUGCGGUCACCGAAACGGCCCCUGAGGCGACACCGCGGUCUUCCAUCAGUAGCGAGGAUGCAGUCGUGAAAUCGGAACCAUCUGAGGCAUCCGAUUCGGGUCUCGAUAAGGGGCUUGCCAAAGAUAUGACACCACCGGCGUCGCAGAAGCCUAAUCCCGCGAGCUCGAAGAAGCGCAAGUCCAUCUCCAUGCCACCGUCCGAGCCAGCCCACAAGCGCAUCCCUGGAGAUUAUAUCAAUUUUUAUGAUUCCGACUGUAUUAAGUGUACCUGCAUGGACUGCCACGAAGACUUUAUCCAUAACGAUCGGUGGUAUGUUCCCAGGAGUUGCCGCAGAUGCGAGCGGCACAGCAAGAUUUACGGUCUUAUGUGGCCCAAGACUGUGAAGAGAAAGGGUGACUCGGAGGAUCAGAUCGAAGAUUAUCGCUCAGUACAGCGAUAUGUCACUGCGAGCGAGCACAGAAAGGAGCAGAAGCGCCUCGCAGCUUCCCAGCAGCAGCAAGUAGCACCGCGCCAGCAACACGUCAAGAGGGGAAGACGUUAGAUUACGCAUUUCAUUCCGGGUCAUCACCUUUUUUUUUCACGGCAGGUAUUGGCGGGGCAUAGUGAUCGAUUCUCGGCACGGUAAGGAGUUUUUGGUGUCUUGUUUUCUUCUCCUUUUACUACUUCCCUUCUGUACCAUUAACUUCGCUGUACAUGAUCUUUUUUCUUCUUCCUCUUCUCUGCUGUAAAGCAUUUGGAGCGUCUUUAGCAUACACAUGGGAAGGAGGGGGGGGGGGUUGUCUUCUUCCGACGCAUGCGCCAUCUUUAUAUACACCGCUGCUACGGGUUUCUGCAACUACCCUUACAUACCCUCCGACCCCGACCCCUUUAUAUUUGUACAUUUUGUUUCCUAUGUCUGUUUGUUUUGGUUUGGGAACUGCUGUCCUGCUCUGCUGUAGAUACCAUGGGUGUAGUGUACAGAGUCAUCAAUGUAUGUCACGAGUCCAAUAGUUAUAUAACUGAUCACGAG